GUGCCAGUGUCGGUGGACCUUUGAGCGCGCGCUGCCUGUGGAUGCUCGCCGGAGUCAGACGGGAUCCGUGAAAUCUUUGGGUUUUUUCUGUUAAAUUGGACAUUUUCACACGAAGGUUCGGCACCGGAGCGUCUGCGCCGCUGGAGCCGCUCUCCCCGGUGAGUUCAGCUCUCCCUUUGACAACCUCCGAUGUUCCUGAAGCGAUGACCCACCUUCAUCAUCCUCACCACACCCCUCACCAUGGUCACCGGUCAGCUCGGUGACCGACCCGACCACCACCAGACCCUCCACCUCCCAUCCAGUCGGCCGCGGGGAUGCAUGUGAUGGGCAGCGUCUCCCCGGCCAAUGAGAGAGAGGGCUUCUCCCUCCAGGAGGAGGGCAUGGCUGUUGCCGUGCUGACGUCUCCUCAUCAUCGUCCAUCAGGAUUAUCUGAUAUUGAGGGAGACCGGACGAAACCACCUCCUCCCUCUGCUCCCCCUCCUCCUCCACCCCCUCCUCCUCCUCCUCUUCUUCUUCCUCCUCCUCCUCCUCCCAUGCCACCCCUGCUUCCAGGGCUAGGAAACCCCGGAGGAGGCCUGAGGAAGAAGAAGAGGGUGAGGAGUUUCUUCUGGAAGACAAUACCAGAGGAUCAGGUGAAGGGGCGCGCCAACCUGUGGACUCAGGGCCGAGUGCAGCAGCAGUACCAGAUCGACGUCCGCACCAUCGAGGAGCUGUUUGGUCAGAACGACUGUCAAUCAAAGUCCACGCCCGCCAGAGGAGAGAAGACCAGGAGCUCGUUCAGAGAGACCAAAGAGGAGGUCACCAUUCUGGACUCUAAGCGAGGGAUGAACAUUGGGAUUUUCCUCAAACAGUUUAAGAGGACCAAUCAGGCGAUAGUAGACGACAUUCACCAUGGCAACAGUGAGCCUUACGGGGCGGAGCCUCUGAGAGAGCUGCUGAAACUGCUGCCAGAGACAGAGGAGGUGAAGAAGCUUCGGUCGUACCGAGGUGACGUCUCUAAGCUCUCAUUGGCCGAUUCCUUCGUGUACCUGCUGAUCCAGCUCCCCAGUUACUCGGUCCGUAUUGAGUCCAUGCUGCUGAAGGAGGAGUUUCCUGUGGUGAGCGACGCCAUGAAGCGAGACAUUAAGAUCCUCCGUGCAGCCACCAAAGAGUUAAUGUGCUGCGAGGAGCUGCAUGCUGUUCUCCACCUGGUGCUGCAGGCUGGAAACAUCCUCAACGCUGGAGGUUAUGCAGGUAAUGCAGUGGGUUUCAAGCUGUCGUCUCUUCUCUCUCUGGCCGACACGAAGGCCAACAAACCGGGCAUGAAUCUGCUGCACUUUGUCGCUCUGGAAGCUCAGAAGAAAGACGGCCGGCUGUUGGAGUUUCCUGUGAAGCUGAGUCACGUUCAGCCUGCAGCCAGGAUCUCCGUGGAGACGCUGGACGCCGAGCUGCAGUGGCUGACGUCUCGCACGCGCUCAGUAGAGGAGAACGUCCAGAGAGACACGGAGCUGCUGCAGCAGCUGGACGACUUCCUGCAGCAUGCCACCUCGUCUCUGUGCUCGCUGCGCAGCAGUCGGCAGCAGCUGAAGAAAGAAGGCAGCGAGCUGAUCGACUUCUUCUGUGAAGACAGAGAAACGUUCCGAUUGGACGACUGCUUCAGCAUCUUCAACACCUUCUGCUGCAGGUUCACCGCCGCCGCCAAGGAGAACUUGGAGAGGGAGGCGAAGGAGGCGGCUCGUCGACGGCGGAUUCAGGAGCUGGAGGAGCAGAAGAGACACUCCUGGGCCGGCGGUGAGGAGGUGGCCGGAGCGUUUGGGUUGCGCUGCAGCAGCGAGACGGACAUGUCAGCUGUCAUGUCGCGACACAACGACGCCGGGCUGCUGAUGGAGCUCCUCACCCUGAAGUCCCGCCCACGAUCCCCCAAUCCUUUUGGACGCUCCGGUAGUUUAAGACGCUCCAGGAACUCUCCAUCCAGCUCGCCAUCCAUCGCUGCCGACCGCGAGCUGAGCACGCUCCUGGGGAUGGCGACCAUUGACCACAAAGUUACCCAGCACCAAGGAAAAGGAGAGGCAAGGACAGCUUUCUCAUCAGCCUCACCUGAACCUCAACUUAGAAGUCCAGGGAUCUCCCCUCAGACUCAACCGCAAAGUCCAAGGGUCAAUUCAUGCAGCUUCCCCCAAAACCAGCAGCCUCAAGCGGGUCAGAUGGCACCGCAAACCCACCUCUCAGCUCCCAAGAGUGCACAAAACCAUACAACCGCCUCUUACCUCAGCAACGAUGGUACCCAGACUCGAUUAAACACCAUCAACCCUACAAACAAAGUCACAGUCAAACCUACCUCUGACGCCAACCAGCAAUACGACCACAACAACAAUGGCAACGAUCGACUUUCUGAUCAUCAAACUCAAUUUGGGUCUAGGAGGGAUCCAACCAGACUAAGCAGUGCUGAUCAGGAUUUUAGUGGCUGCAGUGACAAGAAGUUUGAACGCAGCGCUGCUACAACAGGAAACAUGUCCGUGGUUUUAGAGAAAUGUACUCUGGUGCCCGAGCUGAAGGUGUUCGACGAGGUCUUGACGAGCCGUGAGGAAGGGACUCGCCUCCGUGGGUUUCACCAGGACGACUUGGUAGUUACAGAUUUGGAAGAAGAGGCAGUGGACGAACACCAAGACAAGAUGCCGCAGAAUAUCUCUGCAGAUAAAUCUGAUGUGAAGCUUUCUGAGACAAGCUUGCAGAGAGAGGAAGAGGAGGUACGAGAGGAGAAGGUGGUGGUUUGGUGUGUGACGGGAGUGUGCGAGGCCGCUGACGAGGUCACGAUAUCAGACAGCGAACAUGCAAAUACUGAGGAGGAUCAGUGUCAGAGUGACAAUCAGGGAGGAAGCCAGCAUUCUUCCUCUGCCUCAGCCAAUCGCACGCCUUCAGAAUCUCAUCCGGCCAAUGAGAAGCCAGUGCCUGAACCCAUCAGCAGCCAACCGGUGCCUGUCUCCCGCUGUGACGACCCUGCCUCCUCGCCCAGGUGGCGCCCUGCAGAACCUCUGUCAGCCAAUGAAGGGCCUUCUCUCACCGCAGGUGCCUCUGAGGAACCUAAAGAAGCAGCCAAUCAGGAGGAAGAAGCAAAGGAUUCCACCAAUGAGACGAGAGAUGUGGAGACUGUCCCAGAACAAUCAACAGAUGACAGAUGUAGAACUGCUUCCUGUGACACCACCAAGGAAAACACAGAAGAUGCUUCUUCCACCAAUGAAAAGGUCAAAACAGUAACUGCGUCAUCCGCCAAGAACCUCCCUACCUCCAGAACUCGACCCGCUGGGCUGAGACCCACAUCCACAAACACAAACAUCGCCUCAGCCGCCAACAGAAGCAAGCCUGUCCGCACCCUCACGAACUCUGAGAACCAGGGCAUGAGGCGGGUGGUGCCCAUCUCCAGAACCAGCCGAGGUGCUCCGUCUCAGGGCAAACGUUCUGAGAAGCCUCCAGGUAACCACCGGGGCUCCUCUAACGGUCUCAGCACCUCCUCCCUCCAACAAGGAGAUCGGCCCUCAACCGCUCCUUCAUCCCGACGCUCCAGCAUCAUCAAGAUACCCGACUCCAAGGACUCCAAAGACCAGAAGGUUCCAGGUCCUCAGGCAUCCGUCCGGGAGCAGAACCGGGACUUGCAAAGGAAGCUGUCCAUCCGUAAGACCUUGGUGAAACCCAAACCCCAGCCGGAGGAGAAGAUGUGUCGCUCCACACUGCGAGCGCUCACUCAAGGAGGAGGAGGAGGAGGAGGAGGAGGAGGCAGCAUCAGUGCCCCUGUGACUCCUUUGCACAAAGCCACUACCCCUUCAUCAUCAGCGCUUCCAAGUUUCGCCCGAAGUACCGCCUCCUCUUCUUUCAGACGAACCCACACCACCCUCGCUCCUCCUGCUCCUUCCCAUCCACCCGACACUGGCUCCCCGAAAUCCUCCACUACCACCACCUCCUCGCCUUUGACCCGAACCGGCUCAUUAAGAGUCUCCUCCACCUCCAGAUCCUCAGAUCUCCUCAACCCGUCCUCCUCCUCUUCCUCCCUGUCGAGGUCUCAGAGCAUCAGGGCACCUCCUCGCUCACCUCUCCAUGACUCGCUGGUUCCCCCUAAAGGCCACCGGCGGAACGACAGCGGCACCUUCUCAGAUAAGUCGUCCCAUUCAAGGGACUCGGGCAAGUCCAUCAGGCCGACCUGGAGAUAACAGAGGAUACCUGAGGCUGCAUUCCAGCAUGAAGUCCAAGAGUGUUUUGUCUUUUCUUCACGAGAGGUGUCAUCAGAGGAGGCAUUAAUAUGAAGUAAAGACUCCUGUUUAUGAAGGAGGAAAUUAUGCAUUCAUGAGCAAAAGCCUGAAGACAUAAAGGAGGAAACAUUUUAAUAUGAAGCACAGAGACAGUUUCAUUCCAUUAAUUUAUCUCAGAUGCAUUUAUAUUUAAACCGUACAGGCUGCAUUCCAAGAUAAAGAAUAAACUCAAGAUCAUGAACAAGUUUUCAUGACAUGAAGUUUUGCUUCUUGAGAAAGUAAAACACAAUAAUUAGCAAAGAUAACUGGGAUCCAAGCAGCUGGCCUUCUGAAAGCGUCCGCAUCAAUCAGCUUUUUAGGGAAAUGAAUGAAGGACGUAAAUGUCUGCAUCUACAGAUGUGUAACAAUAUUUCCUAGAACUGUAAUGUUUUAUGGUAAUUGAAGUGACUCCUCCUGAUUAAAUUACUUUUUAAUUAAUUAAUUAUGCACUUUUAACUUCACUAACCAAGCCGAGGAAUCUCUGUACAUUUGGCCUGAUUCAAUUAGAAAUCAUAUCUUUAUAAUUAUUAUUGUAUUUAAGAAAGAAUAGAUUGUUAAAUCAUUGAAAAUCAUAAAAUAAAAUAGAGUGAUAAGUUGAGACGAAGAGAUCUUUAACGUGUCUCUGAUUCAAACCAACAGUGUCUGACUCACUGGGAAAAGUCUGCAGUGCCAAGUUUGUUCAUAUGAAGAUAUUUGUAUGUUUAUGUAUCUAUAUUUAUGUAUUAUGAAGUUAAUAUUUGAUAUAUAUCAUCCAUCUACUAAUGAAUAAAGUAUUAUUCUGCAAACUCA